AACUUAUAAAAGCAGGUGAAGGACACAGAACCACAUGGUGCCAGUGUGAUCCGUUUAUAUCAAGCAAGUGAUUCAGCUUGUGGUAGCAGGUGUAGUUUUUCUAGCAGCCAGGCUAGCUUUAGACACUGCCAACACAUUGGCAACUAUGUCUUUUGGGUUUCGCAUAGCCUUACUCCUGUUUGUAUUGUUGCCUGCAAAAUCAGAUGACAUCCCUGACGGAAUUCAUCGUACGGAGUGUCUUGAUCGCUACUUCAAGAUAGCUGUUGAUAUUUCCUUCACUGGAGAGGAACCUCGCUUUGAGGCUGUAGAUGGAACAGGUGUUUACCCAAUCACUCAGCAGUAUUCAGCCGAGUGUGGCUACACCGUUCUCCCUCUACCAGGCCAAGUGGAGCUCCGAGCCUCUUACUUCAGCUGUCACACUGACAACAAAGAUGAUGAGGUUUUCACAUUCAACUUCAACCUGAUAGCAAAGCAUGAAGGAAAGGAGGUCACCUAUGUCUUGAACAAAAGCUGUUCUCCCUCUCUGGCCUGGUCUCCAAGAGAAAUUACCUGUGAGGCCAACUACAUGGAAGUGUCUGUGAGGAGUGAGGUGGCCUGUCCAUCUGGAGAGAAGAGUGAUGACUGGAAUGCUGAAAAGCCUGCCCAAGCUUCAGCUGCUUCAGACUGGCAGGUGAUGUUUCACAGAGAGAAAGAGCAGUUGAAACCCAUGAACCUCUCUGAAGCUCGUAAGCAGGGCUAUGUGUUUGACCUGACGGAUAGACGUCUUGUGUUUCGUACACCAUAUGGACAACCUGACUCAUCCAGUAUUAAGGUGAAGGGUGUUCCAGUAGAGGUCGCUCAUGCAACUCUGUUCUCCAGACAAAGCUGGGUUGUCCUCAUUGUCGACCUUGUGGCUGCUUGCUCCAUGCAUGAAGGAUCAUAUCAUGACAGUGGAUACAUGGUGUGGGAGACUCCUGAAUUGCUGCACCUGCUAGCGUCUGGUCUGAACAACACACAGGUCAACAUCGGUGUCGGGGGUGAACUUAUGGAGCAAAACGCAGCAGAGGAGAGAGGCUACAUUGUGGAGAAGCACAGCAGAUCACUGGAGAUCAGCAUCCCCUAUACUGCUGAAGGAGGAUACAGGAAGAGCUUUGUGUCUGGUGGCCUCCACGAGUUGUAUGUCUUCAACCUCUACUUGGAGCAAAUCUUUGUGGAUGAGGAUCUCGCGGAGACCAGACUGAGGUUUCACAGGGCACUGGCCACUCCCAUGCUGCCGCGUCGCCUCUUCACUGAAAACCGAACUGUUGUUGAAGAGCACAUGUUCACCAUCUACCUCGGAGAUGUCCUCGAUGACAUUGAGCUGUCUGCAGUUGAGCUGAAUGGGCACACGUGUGCCUCUCCGUUUACAAAUACAAGUGGCUACUCUAUCACCAAAGUCGUUCAUCCCAACAACACCCAUGGCUACACUCUGACGGUGCCUUUUGGUGACCCUGUUGUCAAGAAUCAGUUCUCUAAAGAAGAUCAAGUUAUGAAGCACAUGCUGAAAAUUGUCUACACACUGACCGUUCUGCCUGAAAAUGAGUUGUAUUUCCACCUGACUUCAGUCAUUGCACUAUCAGACAUCUCUCCUCCAGAGUUUGACACGGUCUGUUCUGAGUCUGGCAUCAGCUUCAAACUGGACCACCGGCCUUUUGACUACCUGUGGUACAUCAGUAUCGGUUCUGACCGGCUGACGCCAGAACUUGCAACCCAGCACGGCUACAUCAUGACCAACGACAGCCAGAGUCUGCUGCUCGAGGUGCCGCUCUUCACUCAUGGAUAUGAGUACAAGAACUUUGGUUUGAAGGGCUUCCUUGGUACUUUUGAGAUUCUGGUGAAGGAUCAGGAAACAUCAGAGGUCCUGAGUUCAGCUGUCAAGACUUGUCCAUUCACUGCUACUGAAUUUAUUGUGUGUUCCACUGAUGGCAGGAUGACUGUGCUGGCCAACUUGUCUCUGGUCAGCCCAAGUGGAGAAAUCCCUGCAAGAAGCAACCUUCUGGACACAUUCUGUGGACCCAAAGAAGCAGAUGACACCAGGGCUCUCUUCUCUUUCCCUCUCAACAGCUGUGGAUCCACAGUCAAGCUUAAGAAGGAAAGUGUGAUCUAUCAAAAUGAGAUUUUCUACAGCAAGACAGACUUAAGUGAGAGCGAGGAGGCCACCGAGUCAAUCACUGAGAGGUUGAUAGUGCAGUGUUCGUACCCUCUGGCUGGGCUCCAUCGCCUCUUCUCUGUGUACAAGUUUGAUUCUGACACGGCCGGCAUCGGCGACAUCAUCCACACUUCGCAGUCCACCACAGAAGCUCCACAGACCACAACCGUCAGGCCUACCACAGCGCUCCGGACCACACCGGCUGCCAAAAGGACAUCCAGAGCAAUGGCAGCUUUCCAGCCUGCUUUCCACCCGCCUGCUCGCUACAUCAGAGUUUAUCCAUUUCAGAAUUUUCAUUCAAUGAUAAAAGGCGUUCAAAGAGCUUCACAAACCAAACUCAACCCUAACCAGAUUUAAAGGAUGUAACAUUUUAUAUUUUUUUAGAAAACUCUGUAAUUGAAUAAAAUUGUGUUCUUAAA